AUGGCCUGGUUAAAGGGUGCUUCUAAAGAUACAAUACCUAUUGGCAAAAUGCCUCGUAGACAAAAGUCUUCUCGUUUUCAUGUAUAUGAUAAAGUUGCUUUGGAAAAGCUACCAUCUCUAAAAGAAGUCCCCCCCGCAAAACGAACUGAUCUUUUUUUAAAGAAAUUAGCUCAAUGUCAAGUUUUAUUUGACUUUAGUGAUCCUUCUUCCGAUUUGAAUGGUAAAGAAAUCAAAAGACAAGCCUUACAAGACAUGUUGGAAUAUGUUGCGACAACAAAAAGUGCGAUAACUGAUGUUGUUUACCCAAGUGUUGUUAAAAUGUUUUCUGUUAAUCUAUUUCGUACAAUACCUCCUCCCAUUGAUAGAGAAGAAGGCUAUGAUCCAGAGGAAGAUGAACCUACUUUAGAAGCAGCUUGGCCACAUCUUCAAUUAGUUUAUGAAUUCUUUUUAAGAUUUGUAGAAUCGCCUGACUUUAAUGUUCAUGAAGCUAAAAAAUAUAUAGAUCAGAAAUUUAUUUUACAACUACUCGAAUUAUUUGAUAGCGAAGAUCCUCGUGAAAGGGAUUUCUUAAAAACGACAUUGCAUAGACUAUAUGGAAAAUUUCUUAAUUUAAGAGCGUUUAUUAGAAAAUCAAUCAAUAACAUCUUUUUCCAAUUUAUUUAUGAAACAGAAAGUUUUAAUGGCAUUGCUGAAUUAUUAGAAAUUUUGGGAAGUAUUAUUAAUGGUUUUGCUCUUCCAUUAAAAGAAGAGCAUAAAACGUUUUUGAUCCGAGUUCUUAUGCCUUUGCAUAAACCCACUUCUUUAUCAACUUACCAUCCUCAAUUAGCUUAUUGUGUUGUACAAUUCUUAGAGAAGGAUGCGACAUUAACAAAAACGGUUGUGGAAAGUUUAUUACGCUAUUGGCCAAAAGUGAAUAGUGCAAAAGAAGUGAUGUUUUUAAACGAGAUUGAAGAAAUCUUGGAUAUUACAGAUAAUGUUGAAUUUCCUAAAAUCAUGGUACCCGUCUUUCAAAAAAUUGCUCAAUGUGUUUCUAGUUCUCAUUUUCAGGUUGCAGAGCGGGCUCUCUAUCUUUGGAAUAAUGAAUUCAUUUUAAACUUGAUGCAUGAGAAUGUAAAGGUCAUCAUGCCAAUCAUGUUUAAACCUUUAUAUACUUAUUCUCAGCAACAUUGGAAUAGAACGAUUCAUGGACUAGUUUAUAAUGCUUUGAAAAUCUUUAUGGAUAUGGAUCCUCAAUUAUUUGAUCAAUGUACACAUGAAUUCAAACAAAAUGAAAAAAAGUAA